GGAGGGCAGGAGCGGUAAGGGGAACAUGGCCGCGAAGUCGGACGGCGGCAAAGCCGAUGUCGGCUGCGGCGGCGGCAGCGGCUUCGCCCAGCUGUACGACGUUGACGCCGAGGAGCCGCUGGACUCCGCCGCGAUCCACAUCUGCCAGUGCUGCCGCUCCUCCGCCUGCUACUGGGGCUGCCGCUCAGCCUGCCUGGGCUCCCUGCUCGGCGGGGGCCAGCCGGUCGGAGGGGUCGGCGUCCGGGAGACCCACUGCCCUCCCCGGGAGCAGCUGUGGCUGGACUGCCUCUGGAUCAUCCUCGCCCUGCUCGUCUUCUUCUGGGAUGUUGGCACGGACCUGUGCCUGGCGGCGGACUACUACCACAGGCAGAACUACCUCUGGUUCGGCCUGACGCUCUUCUUCGUGCUGGUGCCGUCCGUGCUGGUCCAGAUUCUGAGUUUCCGCUGGUUCGUGCAGGACUACACCGGCGGGGGGCUCGGAGAGGUGGAGGGGCUUACUAAAAGGGGGACGGUGGUUCAGGGCUGCCUGUAUCCCGGAAAGGACCGCCUGCAGCUGGCCAUCAUCUGGCUGUGGCAGGCCACCAUACACAUCCUCCAGCUGGGGCAGGUGUGGAGGUACAUCCGAACCCUGUACCUGGGGGUGAUGUCACGGCGGCAAAAGGAGCACCAGCGGCGGUGGUACUGGGCUAUGAUGUUCGAGUACGCCGAUGUCAACAUGCUGCGCUUGCUGGAGACGUUCCUGGAGUCUGCGCCGCAGCUGGUGCUGCAGCUCUGCAUCAUGAUCCAGGAGAACCGAGCCGAGACCCUGCAGUGCAUAUCCUCCCUUGCCUCCCUCCUCUCCCUGGCCUGGGUUCUGGCCUCCUACCACAAGCUGCUGCGCGACUCCCGGGACGACCAGCGCAGCAUGAGCUACCGCGGCGCACUGCUCCACCUCUGCUGGCGCCUCUUCACCAUCUCCUCCCGCGUCCUCUCGCUCGCGCUCUUCGCCUCCCUUUUCCACAUCUACUUCGGCAUCUUUGUGGUGUUGCACUGGUGCGCCAUGGCCUUCUGGGUGGUGCACGGUGGCACCGACUUCUGCAUGUCGAAGUGGGAGGAGGUGCUCUUCAACAUGGUGGUUGGCAUUGUCUACAUCUUCUGUUGGUUUAACGUGAAAGAGGGACGGACGCGGUACCGGAUGAUUACGUACUACACUGUGGUUUUGGCCGAGAAUACCAUCCUGACGGGCCUGUGGUACGCCUAUCGAGAUCCGGCGCUCACCGACUCGUACGCCGUCCCUGCCCUCUGCAGCGUCUACCUGACGUUCGCCGGGGGCGUCCUCGUCAUGUUCCUGUACUACGGCUUCCUGCACCCGGCCACCGCCCACCUCCAGCCGAGCCCCGCCUCCUCCUGCUGCGCCCAGCUGCUCUGGGGUCUGCCGCUUCCACCGUCGGCCCCGCCCACUGCCCCGCCCACCCCGGCACACAUGGCCAAGUCGCAGACGGAAGAGGACGUGGCCGAGUCGUGCCUUCCUGUCUUCCAGGUGAGGUCCGCCCCCCUGAUCUCCAAGCCCGAAGGCCCGCUGAUAAAAAUCGACAUGCCCAGGAAGCGCUACCCGGCCUGGGACGCUCACUACGUAGACAGGCGCCUGCGAAGGACUAUAAACAUCCUGCAGUACAUAACGCCAGCUGCCGUGGGCAUCCGCUACCGCGACGGGCCGCUACUGUACGAACUACUGCAGUACGAGUCUUCGCUCUGACACACACACAGGUACACCUGAGCACAUACAGCACUAGAAAAUCUACAUGUGGAUGUUCAAACUUGGAGAAGAUAAAGGAAAAAAAAGUCAUGAGCAAAAGGUCUCACUUGAUAUAAGCACAUGCACACUGAAGCAAUCUCACUUUUAAGCACACACACACUCGCACACACUUCUUGUAAGUCCCGUGGCCAUCACUCAGCAAGCUGCUUCAGUCCAUCUCCUUCUUUCUCACUUCACUUUUUAUGAACCUCCCUUCCAUUCUCUGCUAUGGAGACGAAAAAAAAAUUAAAAAGAGAAACAAGCACAUUUCUACAGCAGUGCCCUACCGUGUCAUUUAUGUUGCGAUCAACACGCAUUGAGUGACACAAAAGAGAGAAACAAUUGUCACUUAGAAAAAAUAAAUGGGAUCGUCAAUAUGUGGUUAGUCUAGUCAAAGGGUUGUGUAAAUAUUUUCUUUGUACAGAGCAGAUAUUUUUAAUGUAAUGUCACUUUGUGGCUGGACAAAGAGCUUAAAGAGCGAUGAAGGUUACCAGGGAAGUGCAAAAGAGACAGAAAACAGUAUUAAAAUCACAAACUUGCAAACAAAUGUCUCAUCUUACGUCUUAGCUAUUCAGCAUCUAUCAGAUCAUCAAGAGUCGGAACAACAAAAAUAUAAUAUAAGCUUAGUUUGGUUCAGAAUUACCAGUCAUGGUUUUCCUGAAUACAUUCAAACAAUGGCACCAUACCAAUAUAAUUUAGAGAAAAACAUAUUAAAAACUAGUUUAUUUGUUUUAGUUUUUCGUUCGGUAUAAAUGGGAUUACAUGUCCGUUCUUACACCCAUAGCUGUUCGCAGCCUUUGUAGAAACUACACCCGCUUUUCUGACUAGCUAGUCAGAGAUUUUUGCAAAAUUGAGAAACUACAAUUAAAAUAUUCAUUAAUAAUUCAACAAAUUGAUAUAAAACAACAAAAAUAAUAAAAUUUUAAUUUCAAAAAGAAUCUUCACUUUAACUAAGACCUGCUUUAUUCCUGUCAGGAGCAUGAGAAAUCUGUUCUUUUGCCUUCACCACUGUCUUCAUUAGCUUUGUUGUGCUAAUUUAAGAUAUAUUUUCAGAAUACAGCAGAUAAACCUAAAUAUUUUUGGACUAAACAAUACUGUUUGUUCAUUAUGUGAAGAAAUACAGUCAUUAUAAACACAUCAGAUCCACUAUAUGUAAUGCUAGUCACAGACGUCCCUGCCGUUUGCUUAGUCAACAGAGAAAUAGAUAUGAGGCAGCAUAAUAUGCUGUACAUGUGUUACCUAACCGUUUUCCACUUUUCCUUACAAAGGUUGUGGGAGGCUUUAAUACUUUACUCAGACUGUCAAAAAGUGCUAACACUCAGUAAAUCAGUUCAUGUCAGUGUUGGACCACAGCAAAAAAUCCCAGAUCUGGAAAUUACAACAGAGGGCAAGUACACGACUAAUUAUUUCUGAUCCGUGCGUAGCGUUUCUGUGUGAUGUCUUAUUCACGCCAGCCGUUCCUACGCUAACAGAAGCUGAUAUGAAACAGUUGUGGACCUGAGUCGUCACGACCCCCCUGGAUGACUUGUCUUCUCGUGCAUCAUGUCCAGCAUCAACUCCUCCAAAAGCCACCCACGGCUGAGCUGUGAUGUGUGGCUCAUUAUUUAUUUAUUUUUGGUUUGUUUAUCCCUGGUAUACAAGCUGUUACAUUGGCAGGCGACAGCAAAUGGUGCCGAUGCAUCAAUCACGGCCCUGUCUGCAGGAAUGGUGGAGAAAUGACAUGCCGUCGGAGGGGGAGGUCACACUCGCACCAUGGGGUAUAGAGUAAAAAAAACAUGUUUUCGCCAUGCACUUGCAUAUCAGCAGGUGAAACACAAAUAUGUGCUUAUUUUUUUCAUUUGGAUUCCCACUAUAAAUUAAAAGAAAUAUAACAUUUUGAGUUAAAAAGUUGGUAUUUAGCUAUAUUUUUUAGCUUUAAUCUGAAUUGUCCUAAAACUGUUCAUAUGUAAAAUUGUUCCCCUGUAUGUAGAUUUGAAAAAAAAGCAUGCUAUUAGUUGUUACUUAAUUAAAUAUCCACAUAGCCCGGCUAAAUAUUAGGAAAUGUGUCAAGAUAUUUGGUAAUGAGAGAACUAGGACUCAAAUUAAUGAAAAAUUAGCUUAGCAGAGCACGGUUAGCCAGGGCCUGGCUGACUGAUAUCAAAUAUGUUCAUGUUUUUUUGGACACAUGCUAAAGAAUAAUUGGACAUUUCCACCAAAAAAUUGGGUUCAAAAAUUAGCAUUAGUCUGUAUCUGACUAAGCUGAAUAAUUAGCCUUGUUUUCAAAUAUGUCCACAUAUGUUGUGAGGCAAAUAUUUGGUCUCAAGCUAAAGUAGAAAAAUUAUUUAACUGCUCCUGUAUGUGAACAUUAGAACACAAUGCAGGAAUGACAAUCUUCUGGUUUAUUUGUAUUUAUUUUUCUUGGGUAUGAUGGAAAGGUUGCCUUCACUGACUGUACAAAAUAUUCAUGUACAGUCUAUAGUUGCCUGUGAUUUACACCAAAUAUUUCAGACCAGUAUCACAAAUGAGACAGAAGGAUGAACCUUAUGUAACUGUCUCCAUCCCAAGAUUUAGAUUUAUUCUAGUUACCAUGAAAUUAGCAUUUUUAGAAAUACAGUAUGCAUUUAUUCAUGGCAAAGCGAAAAAAAACACGCUGAACUAUUGAUUUAGGCUUGGAUAAUGCAACUUUAAUUAUUUUUCCCUGGUGCUAGCCUGAUUAACAAAACAGACGAAUAAUUUUCUACAAUCUGGCGAAGAGAUUCAGUCUAUCCAGAUGUGCAACAGAAGCAGCUUUGUUGCUGUUCAUAUGGUGCAAAUGCUCUCAAGCUACAGAGUCAAUUGGCUGCUAAUCCCUUUUCAUAUGGUGCAAACAUGAAACACACUUGUACUUACGGUGCAAUAAGGGCAGAUUGUCUCCUGGAAUUAAAUGGUGCAACUUGAGUACUGCCUUCAGUUCUCGGCCAAGGCUGUGCCAAAGGCUCCUUCUAAGUGAACAACUGCUCUUCCUGUCUUGCAGAAGCUAUGCAAGUCUCCAAAGCAAGGAGAUGUGCUUAGUGUACACACACACACAAUCACAGUUGCAUAAACACGGGGUUUUCCUCUGCAGCAAGGAGAUAUGAACACAGCCACAUCGUGAAAAGUAGGGUAACAACAUGGGAUGUACCUUAGUGCUCAAACACACACACACACCCACACACACACCUACAAUGUUGAAUACUUCUUCACCCCUUUAUAAUUUGGGAACAAUAUUCUUAUGGUGCUAAUGAGUAAACCAGAAAGAUUUUUGUAUAGUUGUGCUUGCAGUCGAGAAUUUAGCCAAAUAUGUUGUUUUGCAUUCUGACUGAAAUGUGUAAUUCUAAGGAGUAUAUGUGAAAACUGCAGCACCUUGCGUAUGUGAUUAAAACAAAAAGCUACAAUGCCUUAUCCGCUCCUUUGAUGAUAUCUGGCUCAUGGCGGGGUGGUGCUCCUUUCUGGUACACUCUGAUGUGGUUGUGGAAAACAGCACACUGUGUCCGCACUGCAAACCGACUACGUGCCAUUUUCAGAACACGGUCAGCCAUUUUCCUGUCAGUUUCACAAACCGUGCUUGUGAAUUUCUUGCAUGUAUGUUGUAGAUUUGAGGACCCGACUGCACACGCAACGCGUUAACUAAGAGACUAUGAAAUCAUUUUGAGCUCCUGAGCCUCCGACCCAUUGGCUUAUCCUACAUCAUGCCCCUCCAGCCAAUCAGAUUUCAGGUCUAACAGCAGCCAAAUCAGGUGUAAAACAACCAAAUAGUACAGUUUCUUUUAUACAUGGAAGCCUUCGUUGGAACUCGACUGCAUUUCAUUUAAAAAAUCAUCUAUACUGAGACUGCAGUCAAGUUUCAAUGCUACAAGUGAAACAUUUUGUUCUUCAUCUACAAAAACCACAGCCUUAGCUAGACCCACUUUGUAAGAUAUUUGAAUCCAGCCAGUGCUUUGUCACUUCUUGUAUGGCUAUUCAUCGACAGCUAUGCAAAGUUACAAAAAGCAGGAUGGCUCUGGGCUUAGAGAACCUUUAAGAAAACACCACAUCACUGUUGUUUCAGUGUUACUUUACCUUUAUUUUUUUACCUCCGAUGAAUGACAGCAUUUAAUAUAUUACAGUGUUUUUCCCUAAAUCAGUAAAAACCAAGAAUAACUAUUGUUUUAACAGUAAAAGUGAAAAUAGGUGUCAGGUUCUCCUCAAAGUUUCACUUACUGCUUCUACAUUUUGAGUUUCUCAAGUAAAUAAAGCCAUGAUGUAAUAAGUCAUGAGUUGAAGCCCAUCUGAUAUGGUAUUUACCUGUUUUUGACAGAGUGAGAUAUAUAAAUCUUAUAAUUGAGUAAGGGAGCACAAGGUUUCCCCCAGAAAACUUGAUAAUCCCGGGGGUUUGGGCACUAGGGCGGUCAUUCAUCCAGCGGCCCGUCGUGUUUUUGAGUUAAAAAAUGUUUAAAGUCGACAGGAAUUUUGAAAAUAUC